CGAAGUGCAACGCGCCAUAGCAAUUUGUACGCCAUUAUCUGUGUUUGAUAAUUCUCUCGUUCUUCGUUGCUGUAGCAUCCAUAGGUUGUUUUUCCAUCACGUGUAAUUAUUCCAUAAUCAAUUUACAUCUCUAAGAAAUCAUGGCCGAUGAAUAUUUUUAUGCUUUGACUCUCAAGGGUGCUAAAUCUAGCGAAGUUUGGGACCCAGAAGGUAAAGGUUCUGAAGAUUUCAAUGGGGGACACAAACUUAUCAUCAAACAAGCUUUACUGGGACCUGAAGCUGCUGAUGGAGAAGUAAAUGUUAUUCAGGUGGAAGCUAUGACAUGGAAAGAUCAUGUGAAAAUUCCAGUAGCUACAUUGAAAGCCGGUGGACCUAACAAUCAAGUACUUUUGGAUUUGUCUUUCCCAGAUCCACCAGUCACUUUUACUCUUGUACAAGGUAGUGGUCCAGUUCAUAUUAUCGGUCAUCAUUUAAUUGGUUCCUCUAUGGAAGAAUUUGACGAUAUGGAAGAAGUAAUUGAUGAAAUGGAUGAAGAUGAAGAAGGCGAGGAAGGCGCUGAAGAAGAUGAGGAAGACGAAGAACCUAAGAGUAAAAAAGCCAAAACCACAAAUAACACAAAGGGUAAAACUCCAGUGAAAAACAAAGCCAAUAAGAAGUAAGACUCCUAGUAUUUAAUUCCAUUUUAUGUUAAGUCAGAAUGUAUCUUAUUUUAUACUGAAUAUUUGUUUUCACAUAGUUUCUUAUCGUAACAAACACUUCAGGAUUGUUUGUACGAAAAUUCCAUUGAUGAAAUUGAUCUUUGUGAAAAAGUCACUCGAUGUCUCUUCAUAAUUUAUUCCAAGAUUUGGUUGUUUUGUAAAUAAUUAAUCUCAUUAAAGUAGUUUUUAUAUAUUGUGUUUUACUAUCAUUUUUUAGGCAAUUGAAUUGGAAAAACUGAAAUUUUUUAAUUGAGAUGACUGACCAGAUAUGUUUUGAUUUGAUCUUUUCCCAUUAAAGUAUUGUUUCUA